AUGGCUUCAACACAAAAGGCAAUCAUCAUCUCCGGCUUCGCCUGCAUCGGAAAGUCGUCUCUUGGUGGACAGUCUGGCAUCUACAAGGGGUACAAAGUGGUCGACCUCGACUCUUCCGGCUUCACCGCCGACCCUAAGACGAAGGUCAAGCGGACACCUGCCGAAUUCGUGAAGUACUACAUCGCCCAGAUCCUUAAGCUGGCCACCCAGAAGAUCAUCCUCAUGGUGUCUACUCACCAAGAAAUCCGGGAUGAGAUGUGCAAGAGGGGCCUCAAAUACACGCUAGUGUAUCCCAGCGCCGCAUGCAAGGCCGCAUGGCUCGGUCGCCUUGAGAAGAGGGCUGGAAAGGACGGUCUCUACAAUAUAUUCAACAAGAACUGGGCUGUAUUUGUGGGAGGGCUUGAUACGGGAUACGAGACCGAGAAGAAGAAGGGUGCCAAGAGGCAGGUAUUGAACAAGGAUCAGUAUCUCGUCCAUGUCAUCGACAACGUUAUGAAGAACGCUUAG